AUGGCUUCCAUUGACGACAGUAUUUUCAGCGAUCCCCCAGCAGCUACAACAAAGCAUUUAAUAGCUGAACGUCUCUGGGGCCCCCAACCCAUCGUCCAGCAAUUCUCAAACGGUGUACGCUCCUAUGAGAUUGAGCUCGAUGCCUACUUCCGCUUCUACAUUGCUUCCUGCGCUCGCACUUUGCAUUAUAGCGGAGGCCAUAUGUCAGUUCAAACGCACCGGCAGCUUAUGGAUAUAGCCCAGCAGCUGCGCAGUGGCUGCUCUCGUGAUACCAUACGCAAUUCUAUAUCACCCCCAGACUCCCUUUAUCAGGCUGACGCAACAAUCGAUUUGGCGGCGCAGCUCUUGCUGAUGUUGAACUUUAGAAGUCCCCCAUACGCCAUCUCGGGGACCGAGAAAGUCUUAUGGGCUGAGGGUGCUCUUGAAAGCUCAAUCCAGCAACACUUCUCCCCCGAACAGGCGCUCAUUGAUACGGCCGUCACUUUGGACGCUGAGUUCACAGGAUACAACAUUGAGAAGGUUGCGGGUAUUGAAAUAUUUUGGACAGAUAACCUUGCUGAUCACCUACGCUUAAUCGAAGGGGAGACAAAGGUAGCCAUAUUUCAUCACGUCACCUUUCUCGAGUGUCAAAAGCAGUAA